AUGUCUGCUGAUAAGAAUUUUGAGACUCGCCAGAGGUUGGUGGAGGCCAGACUUCAGGCCGACUCUUCCGAUGAGGAAAGACAGUUUCUCGAAGCCGCAGAACUAGGGGAUAUAGACAAGUUAAAAGAAAUUCUAGAAUCCGGGGCUGUCGCUGUUGAAAUCGUGAACCUAUCAGGGCGCACGGCGUUAGAGCUGGCCGUCGAUGCCAAUAAUGUGGACAUCGUGGAAUAUCUCUUGCCCAAAUGUUCCAAAGAAACCGUCCACAGGGCUUUACUGUGUGCCGUGCAAGAAGAUAGAAACUUUAUCUUUGAGCUGAUAAUUCAGCACCCCCAGUACUCGGAAACAGCCGUCCCCUCAGUGACAAGGGAUGCGGAUGGCGAAAAUGAACAACCCUACCAGAAUGGCAAAGACACAGGUAGCGUUCCAGAAGCCAAAGGCGAUAUCAAUCCCGAAGCAGCAGCACUCCUCAGAGAAGCUCUUGUUUUGGCUGCCAUGGAGUGUAACUUCGCAAUUGUUCGAACACUUGUCUUGAAAAAGGCCUUCAUCGAGCCUCCGCACGAUUACUUCUGCAUGUGUGCGCCGUGCGAGGCACAGAAAUCAGAGGAUAUGAUGCAGUACACAAAACAACGACUGAGUACAUUCAAAGCCCUAGCUAGUCCGGCUCACAUAUGUGUCACGGAAAAAGAUCCAGUUAUAGCGGCCUUCCUGCUCAGCCAUAAGUUCAAGAAGCUCAGCGAGAUUGAAAUCGAAUACAAGCAAACGUACCUCGACCUGGACCAGCAAUGCCAGCAGUUCGCCAUCGACCUGAUUGCGGAGUGUAGAAGUUCUGUAGAGGUGUCCACAGUGCUGAGUGGAAGGACGAUGGAUUUGGACGGGGAUUUGGACGAGGCCACGGAUGAGGAGGACGACAUACUGCCUCUGCUAAAGGUCGCUAUGAGUCUCAAUCAGAAGAAGUUUGUCGCUCACCCCAGCUGUCAGGCACAGGUAGCUCAGCUAUGGUUUAGUGGCGUCCCAGUUCUCCGCUACUUGAACAGAUUCGGUUACCUGAUGGCCGCCAUACCAGCCGGCAUUUUCCUCGUUCCGCUGCUCUCUAUUGUCUACUUGGUAGCCCCCUGGAGUAAGGUGGCAACGAUAUUGAACACACCAAUCAUGCGCUUUGUCAGUUUCACGUGCUCAUACCUGACCUUCCUCAUCUUAGUGAUGAUAGCAAAGCUCAAUCUGGGAAUGAGCAUGGACGGGAUUGGCUGUGACAACAUGAGCUCCACACAGCAGUUCACCUUCCUCUUCCUUAUGUUCUGGGUAUUAGGUGAGUACUUUCUAAAAUUUUCUGUGAUCCUCUAUGUUAAAAAAACGAUAGGUCUGAUGUGGGAGGAAAGCAAACAGAUCUACGACGAAGGAGGCAAGGAUUAUUUUUCUUCCUUCUGGAACGUCAUGGACACUAUAAUGUUAGCACUGUUUAUGUGUACGUUCUCGCUGGAGGUUGUGGCGCCCAGGGCGCUCAGGAAACUGUACGAUACGGAGUACCGCCAAUCCGGGGAGCCAGGCUACUGCGAUCAGCUCAGAGAAGAGUACGCCAUAUGUGAUAGCCCAGUCAAGCUGAAACAACCCACCCUUGUGUGGGAACCCACCUGGGUGCCGGACCCAUCCCUCCUCUCUGACAUCACAUUUUCCAUCGCCGUCCUCAUGAGCAUCGGGCGCAUCUCCUUCAUCAUGCCCUCUAAUGAACAGUUUGGGACAAUGCUCGUGUCUUUCCGUAGAACCAGUGGAGACAUUGUCAAGUUGUGUUCCAUGUUCAUUCUGAUCUUACUGGCGUUUGCUUGCGGAAUGGCCGUGCUUUACGGCGGAGAGUCCUGCCACAACGAACAUUUUACCAGCUUGACCACAACCAGUAAGACAUUAAUCUGGGCCAUGUUUGGUAUGGGGGACAGUGAAUACACGAACGUUGAGCAUGAAGACGAAAGCGACGCUUACAUCUUACGUUCCGUCAUCACAGCUAACAUCGGCUCAGUCCUCUUUGGCGUCUUCGUCUUCUCCACUGCAGUGGUUCUUAUGAAUCUUCUCAUCGCCAUGAUGGCUAACACCUUCCAGGAAAUUCAGGAUGACCGAGACGUGGAGUGGAAGUUUGGUAGAACAGAAUUGUGGCUGAACUUUAUAGAUCCCGGCAGCGCAGUGCCGCCACCUUUUAACUUGAUCCCCAGCACGAAAAGCGUCAUGAUGACUUGUGUAUGGAUGCACGAAAAGUGUUGCUCAAAAGCUGUGAAAAUUGAAGCAAAACGACUGGAAAGGUUUGUCAGACCAGCUGAGUACGAGGGGUUUAAUGAAGAAGAUGACCGACAUUCCAGAGUGGACGUUUUAACUACCCUAGUGAAGAGAUAUGUGAGGAAGGUGGAACGAGAGAGAAUGGAGCAGGAUGAAGAUUCCACAAAGGACGAAAUGCUAAGGCGAGCUCUGGACCGGGUGACGUCUAAGCUGGAGAAGAGGCUCGACUACCUGGAUGACGAGAUGUCGGCGGUGAUCAAAGGUCUGUCCGGUGUGCAAGGCCUUCAAGGGACACUGCGGGAGGAUUUCCAGAGGUUAAGCGCAGAGAAGGAGGCAGGGCAGUCAGCACCACCUUAGAGGCAUGCACGGUUGUCCGUGCUUCAACAAGAUCCAUGCUCGGUUUGAAAUUGCGCACAUUUUUUUCCAAGUGUUUAAAAAAAAUGUCUGGAAUGUAUGUUUGUGUUUCUGAACAACUCUGCUGAUAUUCGGAAGCCACCGCACCACAAUAUGUAACGGAAAUAAACAAGACUUAGGAAACGACAUCACAACGCGGGAGAACUGAAUUUGGAUCAUAACUGAACUUUAAGAUUCCAACGUUUAACGAAUUACUUAGUGCGAGUAAAUUCUUAAAAAUGGAAACUUAGACAUACAUAAGUUCCAUAUACACCAUGAAAAGAUACAUCAUAUAACUUUAAUUAUCGCAUUGUCCUUCCUUACCUACAGUCAACGGUUGUAGUAUUGGGUUAAAGAGUUUGUGCUUUAACGAAUUAGGGUGUAUAUUAUUUUACUAGAGAAUUUGCAUAUCUUAACCUCCAAGCUUUCCCCACAGACAAGCUAACCAAUCAGUGGCGGCAAUUUGCUGAACCCCAAAUGCAAUGCCAUGAACUAGUGACGAUUUGAUCUGUUUACCAACACACUUUGAUGAUAUCUUGUAAUUAGAUGCCUUGACCACCUGCCCGCCCUACCAUACAGGCACCACAACCCGUACAAUUUAAUAUAUCUUAAACAAAUGCCUGUGAUCUGCGUGUUGAUAUGUGAUAGUUAAUAAAAUAGUGAUUUGCUGCAAUCCAUAUGCAGUGUACAUGUGGAGACAAUCCUUAAACCGUUUGAACUGUGAGGCAAUCAUGAUACUGUUUGCACUUUGAGACAGUCAUUGAACCGAUCAGCUAUCAGGCAAUGAUAACCAAUUGAAAUGUGAUACACUGGAGAUACUGUAUCAACUGUCAGGCAAUCGGUGUACCACUAUGGAUGUGGCGAAAUCAGUAUACUAUUCGAAGCGUAAAGGCAAUCAUUAUACCGCACAACUAUUAGGCGAUCUGCCAAGUAUUUGAUUAAGCUCUGGGUGUAAUUAUGAAUUUCCACAAUGUUUCGUAUGUUGACGGGAUGCAUGUUUUCUUAACAACUAUAUAUGUGUACGCGCGUGUGCGCCACUACACACUGUGUGGUCCCGCCAUUUUUGUAAGUGCAAAGUGUUCACUAGAUUGCUCCAAAUAAACUUCUUCAACACUGAU